UUUUACUGCUGUAAAUAUAUAUUAUUUAAUCAAACUGUAUAUUUAGCAGGACCUUUUUCUUCAUAUUUUCACGACUUUAUUCUCGUAAAAUUACGACUUUUCCUAUUAGUAGUUCUCAUGUUGACCCAAAUUCUCUAUAAAUUUUAUUUUCAUUAUACACGUUUAAAAACAAAACGUAUGACAAUUUUAAGGCUUUGUUCUUCACCAAAACCUAGCUAGUAUUUAUUUCAAAUGGAAAUGAACUUCUAAUUUCAAAUAUUAGACACAUAAGACCUUCUUUUCAUGUUUGUUGAAAUAAAAUGCUCUUGUUAAAAGGAUUUUAGCUGUACAUGCAACAAUUGUUUUUGUUUUAUUUUAGAUUUUAUAAAGUUUUUGGAUAACUAUUACAACAGCUCUCAUAGUUCAUUGGUGAAAUGCUUGAGGUCCCUCCCCCUCAAAGCACAGCUCUUAAUCCCUGAUAAUCUCUGCAUCUAACGAAAGCAGGCAGUCAUGGCUACACCGACAGAUAAAUUGAAGUCUACUGGGCGUUUGACUGAACAAAACACUUUUUUGAAACAGUGGAAACACUUUGGGAAGAGGUCUGUGCUUUUUGAAGAUGGAUUUUCAACUCCCGCAAGUCCACAACAUCUAAGAGUGAUGCAGCUUCAGCAGGACCUGGUGCAGCUGCAGGAAAGAGAGCGCAGAGCUAAGCAGCGCAACAGGCAGCUGCUGCAGCAGUUUGAGCAGGUCCAGUCUGCGCUGGAGGAGAUCAUGGCCUGCAACACCACCAUGAAAGCUAUAAGGAUGGAGUAUGAGCGAUAUCUAGAGGAGAGCGCACCCCGCUGGCAACAGCAGUUCAAGGAGAAAACAGAAGCUGCACAGAAGGAGAGUAUGGAGAAACACUUGAAGCCACGUCUGAAAGAUGCAGAAGAUCCUGUUCCAAAACUCUCAGGUGACUCUUUCCGGUCACAAGGUGCACAGAAAACUGUUGCUCCUCAAGCCUGUCCCACCCCAGAAUGUAGAUCCAGCCAAGAUGGCUACCCUUAUCCCUUUACACAGUAUUCCUGGUUAACCCAUCCUCACAGCCAAACCAGUAAGUUUCCUAUCAGAGGACUCUAUCCACCUCAGACUCCUGCCCUCCUGUCUCCGCCCUCCAUUCCCCACCCUUUCUUAGUGCACCCCUUCUCCUCCUCGGCUUUUCCUCCGUAUCCGUGGUCCAGUAAGGAUCCUGCUGUCUGGGAUUCAUCCCAGCAUGGGUAUCCUUGGCUUCCUGGAACCUCUCUUGGUUUCCAUGGAUACAACAAAGAGCCUCAUCCUGAGUUGAGAGGCUCCCAGAAUGGAGAGCAGAACUCAAAGAGAAGCGGUGGGAGCAGGAGUCGUCACCUGUCCCAGGAGCUGGACAUUAAACCAGUUCGCCUGUCCAGCAGACAUUCUGACAGCAGCGGGAGCAGCAGAUGUCCCACUCUGUCCAUCAAAGCAAAGGGGAAGAAUAGAGGAAGCGUAGAGCUUUCUUCCUCAGAUAUAAACUCAGAGGAGUCGUCCAGGACUCCCAGUGUUGUUGCUUCUGUCGCAGAAUCCCCACUCCUGAAAGAUCCUUCAUCAGAUAGAAGCAGCUUCAGAAGGACGCAGAAAAGUGAGGGCCUCACAGCUCCAUCACAAAGAUCUGACAAAGAGGUGGAGGAAAGAAUGGAGAAGAAGAGGUCAGAAAGACAAAAUGGAGAGAAACAUUCUGAGGAGGAGUCUGGGAGUUCAAGUGAAGGAUCCAUGAUGGAAAAAGAGGGGAAACAAAGGCACGGUGAAGAAUCAAAGAGCUGCAGAGGGGAGGAAUUGGAGAAGGAUGAAAAAAAAAUACAAAAUGAAGCUGCUGGUGAAGAAGAAAAGCAAGGUAGUGGUAGCCGGGAGCAAAGGAACGCAAAAGAAGAAAUCCAAAAAAAUCUUAGCAGUGGAGAAGAGGAGAAGUGGCAGAAAAGUCAGGAACAAGAGAACAGAGAUAAAGAUGAGGAUUCUUCCAGGGAAACCACAACAGAGGAAGAAGCAGGAACGACAGCAGAGGAGGAAGAUGAAGACGACGAUGAAGAAGCAGGAACGACAGCAGAGGAGGAAGAUGAAGAAGAUGACGAAGAAGCAGGAACGGCAGCAGAGGAUGAAGAUCAAGACAAAGAGCAACCAAAGGAGAUAGAUGAUGAAAAGACAAAAGAAGAUUCUUCUUCUCAGGAUGAAGACGAUGAAGAAAUGGAAAGUAGUGAGAAGAAUAAAGAAGAGGAUUCCAAGAGUGAUGCAGAAGUGAAAACAGACUCUGACGACAGCAUCAUCUCUCCGCAGAAUAAAAGGAACGUAGAGAAAGAAUUUCCGUUGGUUCACGUGACACCGGCUGAAGAAAACUUCCUCCAAAGCUCCACGCAGAUGCAGACAAUUCCAGAGACAGCAGCCGAGGAAGAGGAGGAUGAUGAAGACGCAGCAGAGUCAAGCGAUGAGGACGAUGUUGAAAAUGUCCUCGCGCCUCAAGACAGGAAGCAGAAAGGUGCUUCUCAUGCGGACCUGUUUCAAGUGACUGAAGACAGACAGAAGACCGAGCACCAGAGUGACUCGGAUGAGUUUGAUCACUUUUACGACUGAAAGGGACAAUAUUAAAAAUAUUAAAAACAAAUUGUG